AAAUCUAACGACUGUGCUAAUUGUUUUGUGAAAGUGAACAGGUUCAAUUGCGCAUCAGUUCAGUGUUCAUCUGAGUCACAAAAUCCAAGGAAAAUCAGCUGCAUUAAGCAUCAAGCAUUUUGGCAACGUGAAAUUUCCAUACACAAUUUUGUGUAAUUAGAUUUCGAGAUUAGUGUCUGAAAAAGAUUACAGCGAAAAUGACUGAUUGGGUGAAAAUAGCUGCCGAUCAGGAAAUCCCUAAGUUAAAAAUUAGCUCAGACUCCGAUGAGCCGGCACAAGGCGGCUCUGCAGCGCAAACAACAACCAACAAAGACAACGAGCCGGACGUUGCUGACCCUGCCGAAACAAGUCUUCUGAUCAAAAUACUUGGGAAGGGCUUGGUCAACACUAAGCUGUCACUCGAUGUCCAACAAAAGAAUCCAAAAUCACCAUUGCAUUCAGUGAAAACUUUCGAAGCAUUGCAUUUGAAGCCGGAGCUACUUAAGGGCAUAUACGCCAUGGGCUUUAAUACGCCAUCGAAAAUUCAGGAAACAGCUCUACCCACGCUGCUGGCUGAUCCGCCGCAAAAUAUGAUUGCACAAAGCCAAUCGGGCACUGGAAAAACAGCUGCCUUCGUAUUGGCAAUGUUAAGUCGCGUCAAUACGGAUCUAGAUCAUCCCCAGGUGCUGUGCUUGUCGCCAACAUACGAGCUGGCGAUUCAAACUGGGGAGGUUGCUGCCCGUAUGGGUCAGUUCUGUCCUGAAAUUAAACUACGUUUUGCAGUGCGUGGUGAGGAAGUUGAUCGCAACUCAAAGUUGACAGAGCACAUUCUGAUUGGCACGCCUGGCAAGAUGCUUGACUGGGGCCUUAAGAUGCGCCUUUUUGACAUGAAAAAGAUUCGUGUGUUCGUUUUGGAUGAAGCAGACGUAAUGAUUGCCACUCAGGGUCAUCAUGAUCAAUGCAUUCGCAUACACAAGAUGCUUAGUCAACAAUGUCAAAUGUUAUUCUUCUCUGCCACGUACGACAAGGAGGUUAUGGACUUUGCUCGUCUGAUUGUUUCGGAGCCGACUAUCAUUAGAUUGAUGCGUGAGGAAGAAUCUUUAGAUAACAUCAAACAAUACUAUGUAAAUUGCAAGAACGAGGAGGGCAAAUACAAUGCCAUACAGAAUAUUUACGGCUGUAUUAGCAUCGGACAGGCGAUAAUUUUCUGCCACACUCGCAAAGCAGCCGCCUGGUUGGCUGCAAAGAUGACUGCGGAUGGACACUCGGUGGCUGUACUCUCCGGCGACUUGACUGUUGAGCAAAGACUUGCCGUCUUGGAUCGUUUUCGAUCCGGCCAAGAGAAAGUACUCAUCACUACUAAUGUAUUGUCACGCGGCAUUGACAUCGAGCAGGUCACAAUCGUUGUAAACUUUGAUUUACCGGUCGAUCUUCGCGGUAAUGCAGAUUGUGAGACUUAUUUGCACCGUAUUGGACGCACAGGGCGAUUUGGAAAGUCUGGCAUUGCAAUCAAUCUCAUCGAUGGUGAAAAGAGUAUGACCGUCUGUCGUACUAUCGAGAAACACUUUCAAAAGGACAUUCUUUAUUUGAAUACUGAUAAUGCGGAUGACAUUGAAAAGAUUGGCACUUAAAUCAUGUACAUCAUUCCCUAGUUAGCUACAUAAAACAUUUGUGAACAUUUCUUUCGAAAUAAAAAGCAUAUUCUGAAACACGCAUUCAUACAAAAGCAAUUGUACGUCUAAUGAAUUUAUGCAGUCUAUUUUACAU